CCAUUCAAAACAAGACAGAUUUCUUAUCCGGAUUGAACUCCCGAUCUCCGAGCAGAAGCCGACGCCCUCGUCCCAGUCUUGAGACCUGAUGCGCGCAUACAGUAUAAGCCAACGCGAUAUACUUCCUCGAAUUCCUCGCAUAUAACCAACCAUCACCAUCUCCAAAAUGACAACGAUCCGCGCACCCCUCCCAAUCCCCUCUCCAAUCCCACCCUCCUACCAACCCCAAACCACCAUUCAAACCCUCCCCCUCACCACCCCCCUCGAAAACAUCCUGGCCACCCUCUCCCGCGACGGCGGCCUCAUCAUCAAAGACUUCAUCCCCCAAACUGACCUCGCAUCCAUCACCACCGAACUCCAACCAUGGAGCACCCUUCCUUCUCAUCGAUACACCACCACCACCACCACCACCACUGACCCCCCUUCCCACCCCCACGACGCCUUCCCCACAAUCCCCGCGCAAACAACCCUCAUCCCAGGCCUCGUCGGCAAAUCGUCCACCAUCGCCCGCAUCUGCGCCUCUCACCCCCUCCUCGAAUCCCUCCGUCAGCACAUCCUCCUCGAAGAAUUCACGCUCAACCGCGAAGGCAGCAUCGAAGAGAACCGCAUCGAUCCCUUGCUCAGCCUCAGCACGUCCAUGAAUAUCGGAUACGGGGCGCCGCGCCAACUACUGCAUCGGGACGACAACGUGCACCAUAUUCGACACAAGAACGAAAACGAGGAGUGGGGGUUUGGCGACGUCAGUCAGUUUGGGUGUCUGAUUGCGGGGUGUGAUGUCAGCAGGGAGAUGGGGGCGACGAUGUUUGUGCCGGGGAGUCAUCGGUGGGGGGAUGGGAGGGUAGCUGGGGCUGGGGAGGUUUGUUUUGCUGAAAUGACCGCCGGCUCAGCCCUGAUCUUCCUUGCCUCCGCGUUUCACGGCGGCGGUCAUAACUCCGUCCCUGGGACGGUGCGCACAAUGCACGGUCUGUUCUUCGUGAGGGGGUAUCUUCGCACAGAGGAGAAUCAGUUCCUGGCUGUCCCUCGGAGUAAAGUCCGUGAGAUGGGGCCGAAGAUGUUGGAGUUGCUGGGGUAUAAGAAGCCGACGACGGCGUUGGGGAUCGUGGAUAAUAUCAGUCCGCAUGAGGAUGUGGAUGGGGUUUGGGAGAGGGCGAUGUAGUGAUGAUGUCGUUCUGGUUGGUUGGGGGUGUGGUCUGUGGAUUUGGGAUGUUUGUUGAU